UCAGGUUGGAUUGAAGGAUGUGGGCCUUUAUUCAUCUGUGGAUACACUGACUAGAUCUCGAAUGCUUUUUUGCCCAGAAAAAGAGGAUUGACCUUGGACAAUGAGAAUUCCAGGAAGGAUAAAUCCAAGAAAGGGCUGUCAGCACCUGGAAGAAUAAUUCAAUCAGUCUUACAAGGGGACGUAUGGGUCACACAUCACCACAUCUAGAGCAGAGACUAUGGAGUCAACCUGCAGCUUUCUGGGAGAAGAGCAUUCCAGAAUCCAAUUGCUUCUUAACACCUCCACUGCCACCAGCAUCGCACUUCUAUCCACCCCCAAACCACUGGCACCCAGCGUCUGGACUACUGUGACGGCGCCCUUCCCCAGCCGCUAUGUCCUGGACAUUGCAGCCAGAGGGGUCAUGUGGAAACUGAAAUGACAUCAUGUUACUUCUGCAUCAAACCCAAACCGAACAAGUGCCUAAAUCAACUCCCUCCUUUAUCCUUGAGCAUGGCAAAUAGAGGCUUUUAAUACUAAAAAAUUUCGCGUGCAAAGACAAAACUCUGUUUGGGGAACGACCAAGACCUGUAACAGAAGGCGCCGUGUCUGGGAUGCGCAGAGCACGAGACUGCACGCGGAGGAUGCAGUGCUAAAAUCGGUGAUGAAGGCGGCAAACCUUGCACCUCUCACCCCUCACUCCGGGGGCUCUCGGGCCCCUUGGCCUCACCCGUCGAAGACUUCAUUUCCCAGCAUGCGAAGGGGCUGGCCGGCCGGAAGGCUCCGUGCCCGCCGCGGGGCAUGAUGGGGGAGUUGGAGCUUUCCAUCAUGGCGGCUUCCAUUUCGGGCUACACCUUCAGCGCUGUGUGUUUCCACAGCGCCAACAGCAACGCCGACCACGAAGGAUUUUUGCUGGGAGAGGUAAGGCAAGAGGAAACCUUCAGCAUCAGUGACUCCCAAAUCAGCAGCACAGAGUUUCUGCAAGUAAUCGAAAUCCAUAACCAUCAGCCUUGUUCAAAACUUUUUAGUUUUUAUGACUAUGCAAGCAAAGUUAAUGAAGAGAGCUUGGACAGGAUUCUUAAAGAUCGGAGAAAGAAAGUGAUCGGUUGGUACCGAUUCCGGCGAAACACGCAGCAGCAGAUGUCGUACCGAGAGCAGGUGAUCCACAAGCAGCUCACCCGCAUCCUCGGGGUGCCCGACCUCGUCUUCCUCCUCUUCAGCUUCAUCUCCACCGCCAACAAUUCCACUCAUGCUUUAGAAUAUGUUCUCUUUAGACCAAAUCGAAGGUAUAAUCAAAGGAUAUCCCUUGCUAUUCCCAAUCUAGGCAAUACUAGCCAGCAAGAGUAUAAAGUGUCUUCAGUGCCAAAUACUUCUCAGAGUUAUGCCAAAGUUAUUAAAGAACACGGUGCUGACUUUUUUGACAAGGACGGAGUGAUGAAAGACAUCAGGGCGAUCUAUCAGGUUUAUAAUGCGCUUCAGGAGAAGGUGCAGGCAGUGUGUGCAGACGUGGAAAAGAGUGAGCGAGUUGUUGAAUCUUGUCAGGCAGAAGUGAACAAAUUAAGAAGACAGAUCACUCAGAGGAAGAAUGAAAAGGAACAAGAAAGACGAUUGCAGCAGGCCAUGGUAAGCCGGCAGAUGCCAUCUGAGAGCGUGGACCCCACCUUCAGCCCUCGGAUGCCCUAUCCAGGGUUCACAGCUGAAGGUCGAAGUACUCUUGGAGACACAGAGGCCUCGGACCCGCCUCCGCCUUAUUCUGAUCUUCACCCAAAUAAUCAAGAAAGUACUCUGAGCCAUUCUCGCAUGGAAAGCAGCGUCUUUAUGCCUCGACCUCAAGCUGUGGGCUCCUCCAGUUACGCCUCCACCAGUGCUGGACUGAAGUAUCCUGGAAGUGGAGCAGAUGCCCCUCCUUCCCACAGAGCAGCUGGAGACAGUGCUGAGGAAUCAGAUGACAGUGAUUAUGAAAAUUUGAUUGACCCUACAGAGCCCCCUAAUAGCGAAUACUCACGUUCAAGGGAUUCUCGACCCAUGACACACCCUGAUGGGGGCUCCAGGAACACUCAGACCUCCCAGAUUUAACUGAACGCAAGAAACUCUCCAGUUAGCACUGUUUUUCUUAAUCGCUCAUUGAGAGAGUUUUUGAGGACUUCCUCUGGAGGGGAGAACUGCUUUCUCAGGCCCCUGGACUCCCCAAGACGAGUUUUUGGGCCCAGACCUUGGAGGAGCCUCGCAUGCAGGGGGUCCUCACCUGCGGAUGCAGUGUGCAGGGCUCACAACAGAGUCAUUAAGAUAAUCAAAUUGUCCGAAUUCUGGUGCGAUUCAUGGAUGUACUGGUAAAUUUAGGCAAAGAUAAACUUAUCAACGUAGUUUCUAUUCUUUAAAAUAAUUUGGAAAUUAGAGACUAAGCACAAUUAGUCUAUAAAUGUUCUAUAAAUCAAAACCUUACCUCUUGCACUAUCAUGCCUUGAGAUUUACUUUUUCAAAGGGAAACUAGUUUAGCAGCAGCCUUCAAAGAACCUUCUUUCUAUGAUGAGCCAAAUUCAUCUUUGCCAGAAAAGAAAUUUUGAUAAUUUCCAAGAUUGGAACAAAUCAGUCGUACCUUCUUUUGUCUGCAUGACUUUGUGAGAUCAAAAGAGAGGGCUUUGUUUCCACUUUUUUCUACUAGCCUGAUAUGUAUUGUCACUUAAAAUGGUUGCCUUUAAAAAAAAAUGUAGAAAUACUAAUUACCAGUAAGUAAUCAUCCAAAUAAGUAUGUCAUAAAAUAAAUUACUUAUUUUUCUUUCGGGGAAUCCCAGUGACUGCUCUGUUGCACUAGCCACGUUUAUGGUCUCUGUUCUGGAGUCUUAAAUGAAGGACACACAGCAGUAUAACAGAAAGGAGUUCUGUUCCAGACCUGAGUUUUAUGAGGAACAGACUCCAGACACAGCCGAUUUAGCCAAGUUCGUACGUAAGGGAGAUAAUUCGUGUAGAUCUUCUGACAAAUCCUAGUGUUAGUUUUAUUUGUGGAAGAAAGACAUUUAAUAAACUGUUUGGGAAGCUUGGUUAUUGAAUAGAGAUUCAUUUCCAAUCAAAAUAACCACACUUUUUUAAGUUACCAUUGGGCAUAUAGCUGUGGAAUGUGUAGAGACUUUCCUUGGGGAGGCACUUAACAUUCUUAGUUAAUUACGCUUGCUUUCUAGUUUUGCCCAGAAUGUGUGACACCACUCCAGACGUUCAUGAGCGUGACAGGCUCCUGGUUUGGAGAUGACAAGACCCCUCCUCCCCCAUUUACGGCAGGGUCAGCCCACGAAGCUAAUGCCAUGGAUUAUAACUGCCUUUCUUUGGACUCGUUACGACCUGUAAGAAUAAGGAAGUUGUUAAGGAAGCUUAAAAUCCAGGUUCUGAAAAAGUAGUUUCAUUUUGUAGGAAAGAAGUUUAGUCUGAAUGGAAAUUAAACGUUCAAACUGUCAUCCUUCAGAUAGCUACUCAGUGGGGUCUGUACCUUCCUGCUCUCCAGUUUUGUUGGCCUUAUACCACUGCCGUUUGAUUUGAAAUGUUGCAGACCGCUUUAUCUGCAGAUCUGUUCCAGUGUUUAUCAGCUACCCUCUAGCAGCUUCAGCACCAGUGUGAAUUUUUUUUUUUUAAGUGCCAUCACCAUCUCCUCUGUUCAGAUUUUGACAUUCAGGAAAAUAUUUUUAUUUUUUAUGCCAUACUGAAACCUACAAUGUAUAUCUGACAAAGCAGUUAAAUGUGACAAUAAAAACUUAUUUAAUCAUGGUA